GGACAACAUUGACGAGCUCGGAUUUGGGCGGACUGCCGCUAGUCUUGUAUUGCAUUUUGAUUGCCAAAUUCUGGGAUAUCUAAAGAAUUGCCCCUUUUGAGGCCUUCAGUUGUGCAGCUGAAGGGUGACGGCAACAUGGAUGAUGCCGAUUCGGCCAACCCGCAGCUGCUAGCUUGGGUCAAAGAAUGGCUCGAUCUGGCGCGCGAACGCAAUUCGAAAGGUGUUACAACUUACAGAACUGCUUAUAAUUCGUUAAAAGCAUGUCCAAUCACCUUUGAACACCCUGCACAGUUGCAGCAGCUCAAAGGUUUCGGCCCCAAACUCUGCGAACGCCUUGAGCAGCAAUUAAAGAAACUCUGCGAACAAAAUGGCCUGCCUAUGCCCCCACACCCCAGGUCUCGUAAGGCGAUACCAGUUGCUGGAGUCGACAAUGGCGAGAGCUCUUCAAGGCCUGCCAAAAAAGCACGGAAGCCUAAAGCAUAUGUUCCUGCUUUACGCUCUGGAGCCUUUGCCUUAGUAGUUGGCCUUUCUACAUUGGAUGAAGACUCUUCUGUUGGAAUGACAAAGGCGGAACUCAUCGAAGUUGCACAACUGCAUUGCGACUCAUCCUUCUCGGCUCCUAGCGACCCUACCAAAUUUUACACUGCCUGGAACUCGAUGAAAACUUUGCUGCAAAAGGAAUUGGUGUACGAAAGAGGACGACCUCUACGGAGAUACGCCUUAACUGAUGAAGGAUGGGAAGUUGCAAAACGUAUAAAAGACACGGAGCACUGGCAGGCCGAGAAUGGAAGAGCUAAAGACCCGACUUCAGCACAGCCUGUUAAUCCAGUUUGCCAACCAAAAUCCAAUCAUAGGCCUAGGUCGCCUUCGAUUGAAAUUUUCGAACCUGCGAAAGCGCCUUCAGAAUACCAAAACGUUGUGUCUGAUGGCCCAACAGUGUCGGACGACAAUUCGUUGCCAAAUUUUACACCAAUUCGACUACCUCCGGGAUCCUUUACUGUUAACUUAGUGCUAGACGUUCGCGAGGUCAGAGCGAAGACUGAUCGCGAUUACAUGCAAGAGGAGCUUGCAAAACUGGGCGCAAAACCCAUCAUGCGCAGUAUGGAACUUGGAGAUGCCCAGUGGAUCGCAAAAUGCCAUGAUCCAAAUCUGCUCCUAUCACAAGGUGCUGAGGGCGAUGAGGUCAUUUUGGACUGGAUUGUUGAAAGGAAACGCCUUGAUGACCUGAUUGGGAGUAUCAAGGAUGGCAGAUUCCACGAGCAAAAGUUUCGUCUGCAGCGAUCAGGUGUGAGGAAAGUUAUUUACAUCAUCGAAGAGAUCUCCAUGGACCCGGAAGUAACAUCUAGAUAUACCGAAGCCGUCCGGUCAGCCAUUGCCUCCACACAAGUAGUCAAUGGCUACUUUGUGAAGAGGACGGCAAAAAUGGACGACACAGUCAGGUAUCUUGCUCGCAUGACAGCGAUGCUGAAGCGGACAUACGAGAGCAAACCACUCAACGUCAUUCCUACCAAAAUUCUUACAUCUCAGAAUUAUCUUCCUCUGCUAAAGCACCUGAGAGAAUCUAUAUCUCCAGACUGGUAUAUCACUUAUCCCGCCUUUUCGUCACUUGCAUCCAAGUCAGAGUCUAUAACCCUGCGAGACGUAUUUUUGAAAAUGCUUAUGACCACCAAGGGCGUCACGGGAGAAAGAGCGCUCGAGAUUCAGAAGCGUUGGAAAACUCCAUAUGAUUUUGUCAAGGGUUUUGAGGCCUGCGGAAGUGGCGAACAGGGGCUGAAACGCAAACGCGAGCUGGUCUUUAGUCAGACAAGUCAUCUUGUCGGACGAAAGAAGUUUACCAAGGCUUUGAGCACCAAAAUUGCAGAAGUCUGGGGUGAUGCAUGAUAGUUUUGUAUACGUGCGAGGAGACGAACGUGUACGGAUAUUGGGAAAGGAGGGAUAUUCCGAUUAUACUGAAAGGCAGACGGUGUCAACAGGAUGGAAUGACCG